AUGGGCGCCGACCUGUUCGAGUCCUACGUCAGUUCCAUCAUCUCCACCAUAGCUCUGUCCGCCGCCGCCGUGGUAUUUGCCACCGGCGGCUCCAAUGAAUUCGACUAUACCGACCCGCAGUCGGUGUUCCCGUUGCUCUUGGCCGGCGCCGGCAUCGUUGCAGCCAUACUGGGCACCUUCGUUGUCCGCAGCGGCGAGCAGGCCAACUUCGAGAAGUUGUUGUGGUCGCUGCGCUACGGCAUUUUCGCGGCGGGCGGCUUGCUGAUAAUUUUCGCCGCGGUCCUGACCAUCACCCUCACCGACAACUGGUGGUGGUUCGGCUGCGUGGUCGCCGGGCUGGUGGCGGGGACGAUUAUCGGCCUGGGCACCGAAUACUACACUUCCUACAGUUACAAGCCGACGCAGAGGGUUUCUGCCGCCUCUGAGACCGGCGCCGCCACGGUGAUAAUCCAGGGCAUCGCCAGCGGUAUGUUGAGCACUCUCAUUCCCGUGAUAUGCGUGUCCAUCGCCAUUCUGCUGGCCUACUGGUUCGCCGGGUUCUACGGCGUGGCCCUGGCCGGCGUCGGGGCUGCUGUCCACCCUGGGCAUCACGCUGGCCACCGACGCCUACGGCCCGUCGCCGACAACGCCGGCGGCAUCGCCGAGCAGGCCAACCUCGACCCCGAGGGCUUCGCCAUCGGCUCCGCGGCCCUGACCGCCCUGGCCCUGCUGGCCGCCUACUCGGUAACCGCCAAGUUAAUCACCAUCGGGGCAGAUGGAAAGCUGGAUUUGCAGGCAAUGACUGAUGCUGGGAACGUCGCAUCAACCUGUUGCAGCCGCAAAUUCUGGCCGUGGGCCGGGCGCGCGCAGGGCAUCGUGGACGAGGUGCGGCGGCAGUUCCGGGAGAUUCCCGGGCUGAUGGAGGGCACCGGCAAGCCUGACUCGGCCCGCUGCGUGGACAUCAGCACCCGCGCCGCUCUGCGGGAGAUGAUUGUCCCCGGCCUGAUGGCGGUCAUCGCUCCCAUUGCCGCUGGCUUCAUCCUCGGCCCCGCAGCACUGGGCGGGCUGCUUAUCGGCUCGGUGGCAUCCGGUUCAUGCUGGCCAUCAUGA